AUGGAGGUACUGGAGUUGCCAGUGCUGGUGGUGCUGCUGGUGCUGGAGGUGCUGGUGGUGCUGGCACUGCUGGUCCAGGAGGUGCUCGUACUGGAGGUACUGGAGCUGCCGGAGCUGGAGGUGAUGCGGGCACUGGAGCUGGAGACCCUGGAGCUGGAGGCGCUGGAGCUGGAGGCACUAGAGCUGGAGGCACUGGAGCUGGAGGAGCUGGAGCUGGUGACCCUGGAGCUGGCAGUGCUGGAGCUGGAGGCCCUGGAGCUGGAGGCGCUGGAGCUGGAGGUUCUGGAGCUGCUGGAGGCGCUGGAGCUGCUGGUACUCGUAGUGGUAGUGUUGGAGCUGGUGGUACUGGUGCUGGUGGUACUGCACAGCAGCGACUGUUCUUCGUUCCACCGUCACCGUCGUCACUGCCACCACCUGACUCGGUGUAUCGCCAGGUUCUUAGCCUCCCAUCUUCAACUAACCUUACUCCUCCCUUACUGUGUCCAUAACCUGAACAGUCACGGCCACAGCUACAGCCAGACUCCCCACUGCCUGGUCCUUCUCCUUACACUACACAGACAGACUCCCUUGCAGAGCGUCGUGAGCCUGAGUCUCAACUUGCCUUGCCUGUUCGCGCUGUUUGCACUAGUCGCCGUGUUCCUCGUGCACGUCCUCCUCCUGUCCCCGGCAUUCACACUAUGUCACUUCGUCUUUCCUCUUUUCCACGUCCCACUGCCGUCUCCUCCUGCGUCCUCUCUUCCGCACGUUCCGGACCCUGAGUCUGACUUGGUUCAUGUUGCUAGCCCUACUGUCACACGUCUGUUAGCCACUGUUGUCACUGACCCUUCGUUUGAGUCCGCUGCUACGUCUGCCUUAGUUGCUGAGCUUGUUGACUUUGCUGCUGCGUAUCGUCUUGACUACGCCAUUACUCUUGUUGCUGAGUCUGAGUCUGUCUGUCCUCCAUCCGUCGGGGGUGAGUGUGCUCUUGGCACAGACGUCCUUGAGGAUAGGCAGGAGGACUGCUUGUCUUGCAGCUACUGUACCUCAUCUCGUGGCCAUGCUGCUUGCACCUGA